CUCUGGGGGACAGGAGGGUGAAGACAGGAAUUUAUUCAUUCACUGAGUGGUUAUUAAGCUCCCACUCUAUUCCAGGCACCGUUCCGGGUGAAGAGCAAUGAACAAAAUAGACAGACAUCUCUGUCUACUUGUAGCUCACAUUUUAGUGAGGAAGGCACAUACUAAGCAAAGUAAUUAGAAACAUGCUGUAUUUUAGGUUGCGAUGAGUGCGGAAGAGAAAUAUAAAGCAGGGAAGAAGGAUAUAGGUUGAAAUUUUAGAGUGACACAGGAAAGUCUCACGGAAAGGAUGACUUUUAGUAAAGAGCUGACAGAAGUGGGAGAUUUAUUAACCAUGCAAGUAUCUUGAGGAAGUGCAGUCAGACAGAGAGAUAAGCCAUUGCAAAGGUCAUGAAGCAGAAAUUUGCCAAAAUAGCAAGGAAGCCUGUAGGUCAAAGUUGAGUGAAGGGUUUAAUCCUUCACUGGAGAUUAAAUCAAGGAAAGCAGGUCAUGAAGAUCUUGAGGGCAUCUAACUUUUAUUCUUAACGAAACAGGAUUUUGGAGAGUUUUGAGCAGUAGAGUGAUGUGAUCUGACUUCCUUUUAAAAGGAUCACAAAAAUAGAAGAGGACGUGGUGGGAGAAAGAAGGCCAAUAAGGAGAGUUUUGCAAUAAUCCAGAGGAAGCAUGAUGGUGGUUUCACUAUGGGUGGAUUUUCUGCUGCCUCUUGGCAAAAAUGGCAAAUAAUGAUGCUGUUCUGAAGAGACUAGAGCAGAAGGGUGCAGAGGCAGAUCAAAUCAUUGAAUAUCUUAAGCAGCAGGUUGCUCUACUUAAGGAGAAAGCAAUUUUGCAGGCAACUUUGAGGGAAGAGAAGAAACUUCGAGUUGAAAAUGCUAAACUAAAGAAAGAAAUUGAAGAACUGAAACAAGAGCUCAUUCAAGCAGAAAUUCAAAAUGGAGUGAAGCAAAUACCAUUUCCAUCUGGUGCUCCCUUGGAAGCUAAUUCUGUGGUUUCUGAAAAUGUGAUACAGUCUACACCAGUAACAACCGUAUCUUUUGGUACCAAACAACAGAUAAAAGGAGGAACAGGAGAAGAAAAGAAAGCAAAAGAGAAAACUGAAAAUAAAGAGAAGAAGGAGAAAAAACAGCAAUCAGUAGCUGGAAGUACCAACUCUAGUCCAAUAGAUGUUUCCCGUCUGGAUCUUCGAAUUGGUUGCAUCAUAACUGCCAAAAAACACCCUGAUGCAGAUUCUUUGUAUGUAGAAGAAGUAGAUGUUGGAGAAAUAACCCCAAGAACAGUUGUCAGUGGCCUGGUGAAUCAUGUUCCUCUUGAACAGAUGCAAAAUCGGAUGGUGGUUUUACUUUGUAAUCUGAAACCUGCAAAGAUGAGGGGAGUAUUGUCUCAAGCAAUGGUCAUGUGUGCUAGUUCACCAGAGAAAGUUGAAAUCUUGGCACCUCCAAAUGGGUCUGUUCCUGGAGACAGAAUUACUUUUGCAGCUUUCCCAGGAGUGCCCGACAAGGAGCUGAAUCCUAAGAAGAAGAUUUGGGAGCAGAUCCAGCCUGAUCUUCACACUAAUGAUGAGUGUGUGGCUACAUACAAAGGAGUUCCCUUUGAGGUGAAAGGGAAGGGAGUGUGUAGGGCUCAAACCAUGAGCAACAGUGGUAUCAAAUAAAAUGCCUCCACUACCGAAAGACAUUGGAGAAAACCUUAAUAGUAAUAAAGAGAAAUAUAUUUGUCACUUGUA